AGUCGAAAAUGUGUAAACAACCGAGUUUGACAUUCGAAACGUCAGCUGUCAUUCGUUACGACUGUCGUGCGCACAUGGAAUGAGUUAAGUUUGUGUUUUGAAGCUAAAAUAAUGCCGACAAUUUUUAAAAAAUUAAAGGCUUCGUUGAUUUAAACUCGCUAUUUUAAAAGAUUAAGAUUUGGAUAAGCGUUAAAAUGGAUGUAGAUUGUGGUUAUUGUUACGAUAGAAUUGCAGCCGAUGACUUUUUGGAAUGUGAAGAAUGUGAGCAAUACGUUCACGUGCGUUGCUUGCGUCGACCAGGAACACCGGGCGACUUUGUUGGCGACAUAUUCUUCAAAUUUACCUGCGUUAGUUGUACCAACAAUGGAAAAGAAACGUUUGAAAGAGAGAAACUACCAUGGACCAUGAUAAUCGUGUUGACUAUUUAUAAUUUGACGAAAAAAUCACAAGGUCUGAGUAGAAAUGGUUAUUUCCAUUGGAGAUCGCACAUCGCCCACUUCAUUGACAAGAAUUGGGCGUAUUUGAUGGAACCAAAUUUCAAGCGAAGGAAAAAUUGGAUUGGCACCAUUUCGGGAACACUUUCACAUCAUUCGACUGUUUUGUUUACAUCUGGUUUUGCAGUAUUCAGCGAAGCCGGCUGGUGGAAAUUGACCCACAACAAAACACCCAAACAGUAUUAUGAAUAUGUAAAGAGGCUUAGAAGAGAAAAAGGCACUUCAGAAGAGGUAAAUGUGCUAAACGACACACCUGGACCAAGUUUAUUGGGAAAGAGAGCACAUGAAACGAGUGAAGAUGAAAGUGAAAAUGAACCAGCAGUUGAAAUAGAUCAUUGUAGCCGAACAUUGCCAUUCACGGGCAAAUACAAAUGGGAUACGAAGCCAAAAGAGGAGCCAAUGAUUGACAUUCUCGAUUUCAUUGAUUCGAGUGAAAAUUCGAACUUGUUGGAUGAGAUGCCCAUACUGCCCACCCUUACUUCAGAGGAAAUAAACAGUGUGAUUCCAUCAUUCACAACAAUCAACGAUCAUGAUUUCCUUGACAAUUUAUUUGAUUGUAAGCCAAAAAUUGAGCUACCGAUCGAAGAAGAUGAAUUUUCGGAGCCGACAAUCCUGCAAGUAAAGAACUAUCAGGAGCCGGGUGAAAAUGAAUUGCUGGAUGCAAGUAUCAAGCAAGAGAUUCCGAAAGAUGUCGAAAUGCAAGACGAUGAAGAGGAAGAAGAGUUGCCUUUCGAAGAGAAGUACAUUUGUGAAAAAAGUCUGUUCAAAUCGAAGCCACCAUCUGAAAAAUAUCCAUGGGAGGCUGACUUUAUGGUCGGUCAAGAAAACGAUGAUGAUUUUGUGGGAGAUAAAUGCAUCGAAUUGAUCAGUGAAUAUGAAGAGAGUGAGACCUACAAACGACUCAAGUUGAUUUUCGAAGCGGAGAAAAAUCAAUCAAUUGAUAUUCCGCCAUGGGUUCGCCGACACUAUCGAAAGUUAUGCGUUCGUAGGAUGCAACGAAGCUUAGGAUUGCCCGUGUUUAAUGUCGAUAAAUUGAAUAAACGAGGCAUUCAAGUGAGCAGUCAAGAUUCACAACCGGCUGUUUUAGAUCGAUUCCAUCAUUUGAUCUCCGGAAGUGGUGACUUUUCAUCGGGAAAACGAACAGACAACACAUUUAUGGCACGUUUAGCCGGUUCAUGCACAUACGAUCUCUUCAUUAGUCCACACACCGAACGUAUUCUACAUCCAUUCAUAUACAGAAAUGACAAUUGUGUUCCGCCGUGGGUUAAAUUGAUGUGUGAAUUGCAGUAUGAAGUUAAUGGAACGAUGCCUAGUCGUGCUUCAAUCGAUUAUUGCUACGUUCGACCUCAACAUAUUGCCGCUGUGAAUGGGCUGCUUCAGAGAAUGUUUUGGCCUGGAAUCGAUAUGUCCGAGUGCCUGAGCUAUCCCGACUUCAGUGUUGUGGCUUUGUACAAGAAACUCGUCGUUGGUUGUGCAUUUCUUGUUCCUGAUGUCGGUCACAACGAAGCUUAUGUUUCCUUCAUGGCUGUUCGACCCGGUUGGCAACGAGCUGGUAUAGCCUCAUUCAUGCUCUACCAUCUCACGCAAACGUGCAUGGGAAAAGAUUUCACCUUACAUGUUUCAGCAAAUAAUCCAGCCAUUUUGCUAUAUCAAAAGUUUGGAUUCAAAAUCCAAGAAUUAAUUUUAGAUUUUUACGACAAAUAUUUACCGUACGAUUCGACACAAAGUCGCCAUGCAUUUUUCCUACGAUUAGAACGUUAAAACCGAGCAAUAAAAGAAAAUGAAAAUAAAACUAAAAUUCAAAAAUUCGUUACGACAUUCAGAAAAAAGGCUCGUGAUGCAUGGCCGAGUCGCUAGCUUGGGAACUGUCCCCUGUGAAUUAUCUACGCAACUUGUCGAGUGAUAAAUCGCGUGACUAUUUUCGGGUCGGAGAACAUUUUUAUUGGUUGCAGCUAGUCUAUGGUGGAAACAGGAAAAAAGCGUACAUCUCUCGGAAUCGUAGCAAAUUAAUAAGUCGUUAAAACAGAGAUAAUUCAAAUCGGCCACUGAAUUAAGUGGUCUUGUGGAUAUUUAUAGUCGGUUAACAGCGUGAUAGGUUUGAAAGUGUCUGCGUUUUAUUUUCGUUCACUUGUGAACGGUUCAUUUUUUUACUAUUAGGCACAGUCACUUUAUUUAUAGAAAAGUGUCCAAAAUGUGAAACUAGCCGCAACGUAUUUAGGCCAAUCGAUUACUUGUUAUUUUCGAAAUGUUUGUUAUUUGAAAUUGUAUUUGUCGGUUACUUAUGACAUAUGGUAGAAAAAUUACGGCUUAACCCAUGGGUGGCAGAAAAUAAAUCAUGGUUUUGCUUUGAAGUGUAAUUUAAGAUUGAUGUACGGAUAAUUUUGCGAUUGAAUUUCGCGACAAAAUGAAAUGAAUAACUUAUGUAACGACAAGCGUCGAAAUUUAAUCACAUUUCAAAUAAAUUCAUGUGUAAAAUGUAUUUUCUCUUUAAAA